GAGCCAGGCUCCUCCUCCCUGGGCAAGCGGCGCUGCUGUCUCUGCCCGCCAAACCCGAUCCGGGGGAUCCCUUUCAGCGCCGCCCUUCGUUGCCCAGCAGCGGGGCCAUGAUCUCCGCCCCGGUCGCGCUCUUGCACCGCGCUGGGGGCCGCCUGCUGCUCCGCCGGGCUGGGCUCAGCCGAACCUCCUGGGCUCGCAGAUCUAUACAACUGAGAGCAGCUUUGGCCAUGGCCACGGGUGGGAAGGGCAGCCAGUCUAGCGUUGCUCGUCCCACGAACCGUCUGAUCCACGAGAAGUCUCCUUACCUCCUUCAGCAUGCCCAUAACCCUGUUGACUGGUAUCCUUGGUGUCAGGAAGCCUUUGAUAAAGCAAAGAGAGAAGAUAAGCUGAUAUUUCUAUCUGUUGGCUACUCGACCUGUCAUUGGUGCCACGUGAUGGAGCAGGAAUCCUUCCAGAAUGAAGAAAUUGGCCAGAUACUGAACGACAACUUUGUGUGCAUCAAGGUGGAUCGGGAGGAGCGGCCGGAUGUCGAUAAAGUCUACAUGGCCUUUGUGCAGGCAACCAGCAGUGGCGGAGGUUGGCCCAUGAGUGUGUGGCUAACACCGGAUCUCAAACCAUUUGUAGGCGGGACCUAUUUCCCUCCCGAGGAUGGAAUUUACCAGGUUGGCUUUCGGACCGUUCUGCUUCGCAUCCUAGAGCAGUGGAAGCGAAACAAAACUAGCCUUGUGGAAAACAGCCAGAAAAUCCUGUCUGCGCUGUUAGCCAGGACUGACGUCGGUGCUCGGGGGGAGGAAGCACCCCCAUCUUCAAAGGAGGUCAUGAGCAAAUGCUUCCAGCAACUCUCAGAGUCUUAUGAUGAAGAGUAUGGUGGAUUCUCGGAGUCUCCCAAAUUCCCUACUCCAGUCAACUUGAAUUUCCUCUUCUCUUACUGGGCUCUUCACCGGUCAACUACUGAAGGGGCUCGGGCACUGCAGAUGGCCCUGCACACCCUCAAGAUGAUGGCCUAUGGUGGGGUUCAUGAUCACAUUGCCCAGGGGUUCCAUCGCUACUCCACUGACCAGCGCUGGCAUGUGCCUCACUUUGAAAAGAUGCUGUACGAUCAGGGGCAGCUGGCAGCAGCCUACGCCAAGGCGUUUCAGAUCUCUGGGGAUGAAUUCUUUGCAGACAUAGUUGCAGACAUUCUGCUCUACGUUUCCCGGGAUCUGAGUGACGGGUCUGGGGGGUUCUACAGUGCAGAGGAUGCAGAUUCCUACCCCACAGUCCAGUCAACAGUGAAGCAAGAGGGUGCAUUCUGUGUGUGGACAGCUGAAGAGAUCCGGUGGAACCUGCCAGACCCCGUUGAAGGGAUCCCAGAGAAAAAGACCAUGGCAGAUAUCUUCAUGCAUCACUACGGAGUUAAAGAGGACGGCAAUGUGAAUCCAAUGAAGGACCCUCACAAUGAGCUAAAAGGAAAAAACGUCCUGAUUGUGCAGUAUUCCCUGGAGCUCACAGCGGCCCGCUUUGGACUGCAGCUGGAGCAGCUGAAGGCGCUGCUUGCUAAAGGCAAGGAGAAGCUCUACAAAGCUCGUGGCCUGCGACCACGACCCCACCUGGACACCAAGAUGCUGGCGUCCUGGAACGGGCUGAUGAUUUCCGGCUUUGCUCAGAGCGGGGCCAUCUUGGGCAAGAGCGAAUACACCGACAGGGCCGUACGUGCGGCUUCCUUCCUGCGGCACCACAUGUUCAGCGCCGCCACCGGGAAGCUGCUCAGAAGCUGCUACCGGGGCCAAGGAAACGGGGUGGAAAAGAGCUCCAUCCACGGCUUCCUGGAGGACUAUGUCUUUGUCAUCCAAGCGCUCUUUGACCUUUACGAGGCCUCGCUGAACCCGAGCUGGUUGGAGUGGGCUGUGGAGCUGCAGCGCAAGCAAGACGAGCUCUUCUGGGAUCCAAAGGGUUUUGCCUACUUCUCCACAGAGGCUGGCGACCCUUCUUUGCUCCUGCGCAUGAAGGAUGAUCAAGACGGUGCAGAGCCCUGCCCCAACUCUAUUGCUGUUGCUAACCUCCUGCGGGCAGCCAGCUACACCGGCCACAAGGAAUGGGUGAAGAAAGCGGGGCAGAUCCUGGCUGCCUUCUCGGAGAGGCUGCUGAAAAUCCCUGUGGUCCUCCCAGAGAUGGCCCGAUCCGCUGCGGCCUUCCACCAGACCCUGAAGCAGGUUGUUAUCUGUGGUGACCCAGCAGGAGACGACACCAGAGAGCUGCUGCACUGCUAUUAUUCUACGUACACUCCAAACAGGGUGCUGAUUCUUGCAGAUGGGGACACCAAGGGGUUCCUGUACCGUCACCUUGGCUUCCUCUCAUCUCUGGAGAAGAAAGAUGGGAAAGCCACAGCUUACCUUUGCGAGAACUUUGCCUGCUCCUUGCCCGUCACCUCCAGCCAGGAGCUGCGCCGUCUGCUGCUGCCCUGAGCUGCCUCCCCUGGUGGCCCUUGCACUUAAAUGGACAUGAGUAGAGAGAGCCCCGCUUGGACCCCACAACAAAGUCUGCUUUGAAUAAAGCCAGGUUGAAUAAAGCCAGGUUGGGCCCCACUUCAACCCGCCUGUUUCCAUUUGAAUAGCAUCUCCCCCCCCCCCAUGUUUAGUAGUGGCCACGCUUGUUUGCAGUUAGGGGCAACCAGUUUGCAGGGCUGGGGGACCUUGUGGGUCGUCCAGCGGUUGUUGGAUUCCAACUCCCAUCAGCCCCAGCCAGCAUGGCCAGUGGGUCAGGGAUGAUGGGAGCUGGAUCCAGCAGCAUCUGGAGGUCCACAGCCUCUCCUUCUCAGCUGCAGGGUUUAUUUUUAGGCUUGCAGAGGAAGCUCAUCAAGGCCCUAACUUUCCUCACAGCUCAGGUUAUGAUGGUUUCAUGGGCAAAGGGUCGUCUUGCCAGUGAGACACCCCAGGCUGUUUUAGGCACUGUUGUGGAGUGACCCUCACUGUAUAUUUUGUUAAGCUACUUUGAAGAUGGAGGCCUGACCUUGCACAUGUUAGUGUGAAUGGGUGAAGUAAAGCACAUGGUCCAAGAUUCCAAAUGGUGUACAUGGUAUAUAAUGAGAGGAGACUACAUGGCUGCAUAGCCCCAAGUUUAGUCCCAUAAGGUAGAAUCCAGAGCUUGGCCUUCAUUUUUAAUAAAGCAAGUUUCUAGCUCUCAUAUAUUUGAAGGGGAAAACAAAAAUGAACAGUGUUUUCUUGUUUAUAUACGCAACAAGGGCGCUGCUCCCUUCCCCAUGAACUGGCAUGUAUAGCAUUCCUUUCCCAGCUUGACAAUACUUACUUCACCCUACACCAGUCCGGGAGCUGCCAGUAGAUCUCCAAAAUUCAUUGUAAAUACGCCGCACAGCUCUAAUCAGUUGGGAGAAAACACAUGUAUAUUGGUUAGCUUCAUUUGCAGAACUCGGGGCUGUUAAGUUUAUCAACCAUGCCCAUCUCUUCGUUUGCAUACUCUGAAAUUAAGGACUUGUGGGUUUGCUUCCCUGUAUAGAGAAGAAGAGAACCAUCUCGCGUAGCUGGCGAGCGUUGGCACCCAUGAUUGGGACAUGCAAGGAAGAGGCUGCCUGCAAAUGGCAUUGCUGACAAGCCUCUCUUUCUCCCGGGAACUUAAACCUUCGGCUUUCUGCACUUCCUUUCCUGUGCUUAAGCCGCGAACCUUCUGGUCUCCAGUGGCUCAACAUGGGGUCACGUAUAUGAUUCAAGAAGGCACCUCUCAACACCAGCGAGCUGCGCUGCCAGGGAAGGUGGGGAGCGCUGCUGAUAGUGUUUUUCAGUGUAACAAGAUAAUUGACUCCUAAUGAAAAGCCACAUUGCUAUGCCUUUGGAUGGGCAAUUCUCCUAAGUGCCUCGGAGGCCGUCGCAAGUUGCCAGCUCCCCACUGGUGACGAAGGAGACAUUUCAACCAGAAAUCCUAGCAACAGAGCCAGGACAGACUGACACCUGAAGCCAAGAAGCUCUGCUCUUGGGCACAGUGGCAUUUGCUGUUGCUCUGUUUGCUCCCUGUGGCCGCACCAGGGCAGCACAGGCUGAAUGAUUUAACAUGCUCUCCUUCUGUUGUGAAGCUGGAUGUGCCCUUCAAACCACAGUGCUCUCCCCUCCCCCCCCCCGCCCUUGAAUCUUAUAUCAGGUAUGCAGGAGUCACCAGGAGUCAGUCUGCCUGUGCCACAUGAAUGAGGUGUGCUGUGUGUGAGGGAGGCGGGGGGAGCACUGAGCAUCACUUUCUGGAGUGAAACGGGCUAUUUUGGGAUGCUUUCAGCCCAAUGCAGAACUGCUCCAUGUUAAAGAUCUUGUUGGAAACGUGGAGUUCAUCUGAGUUGAUUUCUGACAGUCUGAACAUUUUCAUCUCUGUUAAAUGUGCAAUAGCUGCUCAGUUGGAGAGAGCAGUCGUGCAGGAGUAGGGACCUUGUGUCCGUCCACAUGUUGUUGGACUACAGCUCCCAUCAUCCCCAGCCAUUGUGAUGCUGGCUAGGGCCGAUGGGAGUUGGAGUAAAAUAAAGCUGAAGGGCCAAAGAUUCCCUUUUCUCUGUAGUAGGGCUACGUCCACAUCAUCCCACAUUUGAGGGAAGGGACUUUCCAAGACACAUAAGCUCGCUAUUCAGCAGAGCAUUAGCUAAAUUAAACCAAUUUCUAUAUGGAAGGACCCCUAUUUGGUUAUGAUAUUUGGCCUGGCUCUGCCAGGGUUUGCAUAUUUCAAAAAGUAAAAACUAGGACACCUCGAAAAUUGUUUUUAACAAAUUGUUCCAAAUUAUCUAAAUUUAAUACAGGUUUUUUAAAACGAUGAUAAUAAAUAAUAAUAAUAAGGUUUCCCACUCCUUUUACAAACAUAUGUCCAAUUGCUUUCUGAUGUUGCCACUUCAUUCUUUAAUUGUUGAGCUUUUUUAAGGACACCCCCAAAAUGGUUGAGCCUAAGAUCCAGGACAAAGCGCCACCUUUUGGAAAUUCCCCAAGACAUCAGACUUAGUGGCCCUAGUGUAAUUGGGUAGGUGGUUACGUCCUCUCAAGUACAGUAAUUAGGCUUGAAGCAAGGGCAGAAUGGUUAAAUCCCCUCUGGGACUGAGCACCUAAUUCAGGAUUCUUUGUCUUAGAGAUAGUUGACAGCAGCUACAACAGGGGCGUGCAACCUGCAGCCCUAGGUCCUACUUCCUCAUAACCCUUGAUUUAAUUUCGUGUAGGUGGCAAUGAGGCGGAAGUAGCUGGAAAAGGGUGGCAGGAAGAGCGAUGAAUGGCAGGAAGAGAAAAUGUAUGGUCCUAUUUUUCUAGAAAAAAAGGGUGCCGGAACUCACGAUGAACAUCUCCCUUGUUCUCUUAUAAUGGCAAUAGCACCCACUUGAGAGGUGUUUUUUUAAAAAAGCCCUGAUCUCCCCCACCAUCAACAGCUGGCAGCCCCCAACAAAAGUAUGGCAAGAUAAAGCCCACCUUUGUGCUAUGGAGUGUAGCAGAAACAACGGUUUGGUGUCACAGGAGACCCAAUGGGGACAAUCUGGCUUUUGUAAGUCCAGCUUUAAAGGUAAAGGGACCCCUGACCAUUAGGUCCAGUCGCGGACGACUCUGGGGUUGCAGCGCUCAUCUCGUUUUACUGACCAAGGGAGCCGGUGUACAGCUUCCGGUUCAUGUGGCCAGCAUGACUAAGCCACUUCUGGCGAACCAGAGCAGCACACGGAAACGCCGUUUACCUUCCCGCUGGAGUGGUACCUAUUUAUCUACUUGCACUUUGACGUGCUUUCGAACUGCUAGCUUGGCAGGAGCAGGGACCGAGCAACGGGAGCUCACCCUGUCACGGGGAUUCGAACCGCCGACCUUCUGAUCAGCAAGCCCUAGGCUCUGUGGUUUAACCCACAGCGCCACCUGCGUCCCACCCAGCUUUAGCAGCCUGCUAAUUAAUACCUAGCCUAUCCCCUGAAAUCCAUCAAAUUUGGGGCGAGAUCUACAACCACAAUUCAUUUCUGGUGCAACACUAUCUGGUGGAUCUCCAGCUGGAGCUUUGCCAGUCCUGUAAGGCCUCUGUUAUUUUGAACUCUGCCAGUAUCGACAGGUACCGGGCUGCCAGCCAGCCAGAACCCAGGGAAGCUUUUGCAUGGGACAGGAAAGGUCCCCGGGAACAAGGAAUGUGGGAUUCUGUGGAGCAGAAGAGCUGGCUGUGCUGCGACAGUGAUGGAUAGGUUUAGUUAUGGGGUCUCCUGACCCUGCUGCUGUUCCUAGCAGUAAAUUAGAUAAUGGCACUUCCAGACCUGAUAGAAACAGUUUCGUCCUGUGCUGUACUAGCUCCCUCAUUAGUUUUGCUUUGUGACAAGGGGAUCGACGCCGCUCUCCCCUCCACCCCCAGCCAGAGGGUCUGGGAUUGUUCUUGCCAGUGUAUAUAGCUGCGAUGAAGUGCAAGACGGGAUGCGGGGAGUGAGGAAGUGGGGCAGGCUGCACUGUCAGCAGGGCUGAUGGUGGGACCAGACCACGGCACUUGGAUAAAGAAAGCUUUAUCUCACCCUUGGAGGAGCAGCAUUCUUUGCAAGCUGUGUGCGUCCGUGUCUGAGCUUAUACACAAGCACAGAGAUAACAAGAGGGAAAUACGGUAGGUAGCCAUUAACAGGUUUAUUUUACCCCCAUAGCCUUUUUAGGGCAGACUCCAAUAGUCGUAGAAUUGCAGAGUUGGAAGGGACCCCAAGGGUCAUCUAGUCCAACCCCCCUGCAAUGCAGGACGCCUGCAAUUUAUUUUCAGCUGCAAGUCCAGAUUCCUUUCUUGGCAGCCACAUGCUGCGGGAGGCAAGGUAGGGUGGCAAUACCUCUAAGCUUCCUCUUCCUUAGUGUUAGUGUUACCCUUGUAGAACUCACCUUGGAAGGGGUAUCAUGGGGCAGGAGUCAGCUUUGCCUGCUGAACAGCAGCCUGAAGGGGGAGAAGGCGGAAUGACUCCACCUGCAGCUGAUCAGUCUUCAAGGACACAGAUGAUGAGGAGGCGCUGAUGAGAACCAGCUGGCUUCAGCCUCCUUAAGCAGAGCUUCCAGCAACAGUUAGAAGAUGGUAACAAAUGCUUUUAGUUCCUGGUCCUACUUUGCUGCUUCCUGCUUGUCUUGACCCUUGACCCCAUGAUCAUCGGAUUCCCUGACCACAUGGAUUGCUGUUCACCUGCCCCUAGGACUGGACCUGACUUCGGAUGCUGACUCGGCCUCCAGGCAAGUACACCUCAGAGAUACUUCUGGUUGGCUGGCCUCCCACUCCCAUAGCUGCCAAGUUUUCCCCUUUCUCGCGAGGAAGCCUAUUCAGCACAAUGGAAAAUCCCUUAAAAAAAGGGAGAACUUGGCAGCUAUGCACUCCACUGAGCUCUUCCCAUGGUUGCUCAGUAAUGAGACUAUGGCAAGGGCAUGGGGGACCAAACUAGAAUUAUUUGGUUUUGUCUCUCAUUGGCUCUGGCUCCACCUGGUGUCUGGGCUCCCUGCCUUCUGACCUGCCAUUCCUAGUGGCCACCAGCCACCACUGAGCUGAACUGUCUCCCUCUGUGUGCGUCGUUUGUGUACACAGAGGAUAGUCAAAAAAGGGUUUUGAUUGCUGGCCUGUUGGCCUGUUCCCCUGACACCGCUUACGAGUACAAACUGUGGCAACACAUGGAAGCACCAGAACAUUCCUUGUCCUUGUUUCCGUGGGUUGUUCCUUUCUUCCAAACCAUCCCAGCUACAAAGAGUGUUGGGCAUGUUCCUUGUUAAAAGUUCACAGUCCCCAUAGAACGUGAUGGGUGUCCUCUAUUUCGGUCUUCUCUGCUUCAAAUUAAUUGUGAAGAUUUGGCUUGGCCCUUCUGGUUCUGCUCCUGAGAACUCCACAGGCCUCUUUCAAGUAAAUGCAUACAAGACAGUUGCUGGCCUGGGCCAUUAGGCCAGAAAUAGCCUUGUUUUCCCUGAGAAGUUCUGCCCAGUUAUAUGAAAGCAAUUAACAUGGUUUGUCCCAACCCUUCAUUUUAAGAGUCCUGUUUCCUUCCGUUUCCUUCCCAAGAGUAAACAUUUUUCAUUACCUUGGCACUUUUGGUCAUCAGUGACCAGUGCCGAAGUGGAAACAACAAAGCUCUGUUUGUUUUGCAAUGCUGUGCGUUUUAAUAAAGAAAGAGCAUGCUUUCUGAACAGCAGAUAGGAAAUGGAGAUAUUUUAUAAGGAAACAGGUAAUUGGAAACUACUAAAUGAAACAGCCCUGUGUAUAACUUGUGCUUCUUCAGUUUAAGCGCAGCCAUUUUACCAGGACAGUCCUGUGUGUCUCCUGCUUGUAAAAGAAGGGAGGAAAUUGAUCUACGAUAUGACUAGGAAAGCUCAUGCUUGCCAGAUGUUGAUGGACUACAAUUCCCACUGUCACUGACCAUUGCCUAUGCUGGCAAGGGAUGAUGGGAGUUGGAGUACAGUAAUGGCUGCAGGUUCUCUUAUGCUUGCUCCAAUGUGGCUAAUGGUUACGUUUGAGAAGUGGUUAAACUUAGUGUUUGCUAAUAUUAUUUGAUGUGUACGGUAAUUGAGAUGCAUUUAAGUCAGUCACUAUGGCAAGCACCACACCUCUUAAAGCUAUAGCUGAAAUAACGCAGUUGUUCUUAGUGUUUUUAAGUGUCAGGUGUAACUUCAGCCUGAACACAGCAGAGUUUGCGCAGGUUUUUCCGGAAGCUUCUGGCGGUAACUUAAAUGACUAGACGUCUGGACGCAGAGUAAAACUAUAUACAGGAUUUAUUAAAAUAAAAGAAAAUCCAGAGUUUCUAUGUACAGCUUUAGAACUCAAAACAAAGUAAAAUAAAUCCUUUCCUCUCUGUCUCUCAACCGAUACAGCACCUCUCCUCCUACACUGACCACACUCACCACACCACGUACUGUGCUAGCUUUCUCUGAUAACAGGUCUCAGUGCUGAUAUCAACCAAUGAGAGCGCAGUUACUAUGGCAGAAGUAGACCUUGGCUUUCUGCCCAGUGUUAAUUGCUUGUCCUAGAGUUGAUUGUGUGAAGAAGCAAUCAACAUUAGGAAGAACUUCCUGACAGUAAGAGCUGUUCGGCAGUGGAAUUUGCUGCCAAGGAGUGUGGUGGAGUCUCCUUCUUUGGAGGUCUUUAAGCAGAGGCUUGACAGCCAUCUGUCAGGAAUGCUUUGAUGGUGUUUCCUGCUUGGCAGGGGGUUGGACUGGAUGGCCCUUGUGGUCUCUUCCAACUCUAUGAUUCUAUGAUUCUAUGAUGGUUUCUCACGCUACUAAUUUAGCAAAACCCGAACAGUUGUAUGCCAGUGCUUGGAUGGACCAGACGUUGUAGUAAAAUGGGAAUAAUGCAAGAGUGCCGUGGUACUUGAGAAUCCCAGCAUAGCUGCCAAGUUUUCCCUUUUCUCGCUAGGAAGCCUAUUCAGCAUAAGGGAAAAUCCCUGUAAAAAAGGGAUAACUUGGCAGCUAUGGAUAAUCCCAGGUGCUAUUUACAUUAUAGCUUGGGUAAUGCAAUAAUCUCUGAGUGCUGUCAUUUUUCAGGAGAUGCACAAUAGCAUGUGAUGAACAUCUCACCAGUUUUCCUUUCUUUAACAACAGAAUGCAACUGAGAGGUGACAUGUAGUUCUCAGACAAUCAUGUUUCUCUCUAUUGCAGCAAGCCACAGCCAAGGAAAAUAGGUGUUGGACCUUGAAUGCUGCAUAUAAGUAGUCACACUUCCGGGUUCCUCCGUGCCUCCCCCCCCCCAAUGCUUGUGAUGUUCUAAUCUAAACCAAUCUUAGGAUUUCAGCAGAGUGUUCUGAGUCAUAACUUGGGAUCAUGAGACUACAUAGCAAAGUCAUCAUGCCUCCCAGCAGGACAGUCUAUGAAAAGAGCAAUGAGCAGGAGAGUUGGCAAUCUCUGGUGCUGGCAUGCAAGUUAUUUUUAACUACACGGAGAUUAGGAAAGUGGAUUCCUUUCCCAUGGCAUCCUCUCUGUCUGGGCAAAAGUUGAAAUAGCAUCUCCAAUGACAGGGCAAGCGUACGGCAGAAUGGAAAUAUUUCUCCUUACCCGCUCCAAGAUUUUCUGUUUGUGGCUUGAGAUGCCUUGGUGUAGCUCUCUAAUGUUCUCGAGCACUGCUUUGAAAGGAGCUAUG